CCCUUUACGCCAUCCAUACGUCUUUUUGAAGGGCCCCUAAGGGCCCCGCGUGCCUGCUGAACUUCUCCCUAACACGCUAACGGCAAAGUACGAAAUCAAGGUGUUGGAAACUUGUGCUAACGUGCCUAAUAAAGCAACCCGCUUGUGUCUCCUUUUCAUCUUUUACUGAAUUGAAGCAAAGUAUUUAUAGCUGACUUUUAAAGGAACCAGCAAUGCAAUGUCGAUACUGCCAGUAGGCAUUGUGAUUGUGAAAUCCUCGUUUGAUAAGCCUCAGGUUGAACCAAAUUUGACCUUCUUUCUUUACUGCUGGGUUCUCUUUGUCCUCCUUUUCCUGCUCUUUCUGUGAUCUGUAUCACAUGCAUGCACUCAUUCAUCUCUCUAUCCUUUUCUCUCUUUCUCCUUUCUGCCCACCCUCCAGUCUGCACACUCCACCUCACACCUCCCCACCGCCCCCCAAGAUUCAGCUCCCUAACACCGAGUGCACCCCUCCGGUGUACGCCCGCAUGGACCCCACCUCGGGGCCCAAGCUGGUCAAAUGUGUGCGGCGGCCCCUGCUGGGCCGUCAGGACCCUAGGGAGCCCCCGGACCUCGUAGACUAUGAGGCCCUAGCGCCAGACCUGUCCAACGACGACAUGUUUAGCAGGCGCACCCAGGCCUUCCAUUCCAACCCGGACAUGGCCAUGCUGAAGACCCAGCUGAGCCCCAGCCGCACCCGCCGCCACCUCUUCUCCUCCCAGCCGGAGCUCAACAUCGUGACCCAGGCCCACGUCCACCGGGGCUGCCGCCUGCCCGCCACCCAGGAGACGGAGCCCACGUACCCGGACAUCGAGCAGGACGACGUGGUGUUCCGCAGGGCCAGCCUGGAGCAGGCCCAGCGGCGGCGCCCGCUCUCUGGCGCGCCCGACAACUACGCCCCCAUGCCUGUCCCCGAACCCUGGGCCCUGCCCCCGGACCUCCAAGCCCGGCUGCUGUGCCCGCCGUGCCCCCUGGUCCACCAGAAGGCAUCCCAACGACAGAGCAGGCUGGCCAUCACGAAGAAGGCCGACCCCGUGAACGAUGACAUGCUGGUGCGGAAGCUGGGGGCGUGUUCGGACGGGGUCGCGCGAUCGCUGUCCGUGCCCUCCGUGCCGGCGGCGUGUAGCGAAGGCGACCUCCGCAAGUGGCGGGAGAUCAGAGAGUCCGGUCAGCUGAGGUUCAAAAAGAGGCUUAUGGUGGAGAGGCUGACCGCUAUGAGGAUGUAGAUCCGGGUCCGAUUUCACAAUGCCCGUCGGCUGGUAUUCCUGCCGUGAUGUUGUGUACUAUUUCUCAUUCAUUUCCGAGUUCAUUUUUCCUGUUUCCGCGUGUUGAACGGUUCGGCCUGAAGGUUGUAGUGGUGUACAUUGAAUGUCGGCGUGGCGUUAUAUUGGUGCUAUUAUGGUUCCUAACACCUCAUGAGGGAUGAACUUCCCCUUAUUCAGGGGAACUCCAGAUGUUCUGAACAUUUCGUACAGUGUCCACAGAGGUGCUUGGACAUUCCCAGCGUCUACGUGUUUUCAUUCUCUGGUGCCAAAUGUUUGAUCUUGCAUGGUGCUUUUUCCAGGUGUGGUCAGCGGUAUGGAAGGCCUUUUUGUGACACAAAGGUUGACAGGUUGAAUGUGAAGGCCAUGCAACAUGGACUAUCGCAAAAAGACUGCGCUCCCAAUAACAACUUAGUUUGAAUGUGUUUAUCCACAAGACAUGCAUGGAUUGCUUUCUCAGCAUAAGCUUUUAUGCAGAGUUACCAUCGGAAGAUAGGCGUGGAUAUCUGUUUGACCCUUUCUUUCGGUUUUGGUUUUGAUUUUGUUUUGAUUGGCGUUUCUUUCACCCUUUUUUUGUGUUUUUUCUGCAACUUUGAAAAUCUUUCUCUGACCUUAAUAAAGAAAAGCCAAGCUUCAAA